CCUACACCGAAAUAGUCGAACCCUAGUUCUGGUUACCUUUGCGGCUUGGAUUCACCUCAAGCUUUCGAGUCUUCAAAGUGUAGAGUGAGAGAGGACCCGUGAGCAUUAGUGGGCAAAGACGGUGAUCGCAGUCGGGAAGAAGGAGCGAUGAAGAUAAAAUCGGUGUUCGACGUUUCGGAAAUCAAAUCGGAGCUCGAAUCGGCGGGGAUAAACCCUAAUUUCGCCUACCCCAUCUGGAAAUACGUGAUUCGAAACCCUAAUUGUGUUUGGGAUGAGAUUCCUUCGUUGCCUUCUCCUGCUUACUCCCUCCUUCACUCCAAGUUCAAGCCUCUCACUUCGUCUCUCCAUUCUCUCUUUCACUCCACCGAUGGCGCCACCUCCAAACUCCUCAUCAAGCUCCAGAGUGGAGCUCUUGUGGAAGCUGUGAUAAUGCGGUAUGAUACUCGUUUGGGAAAAUAUAGAGGAAACCCACGUCUGGGAGGUUUGAGGUCUACAUUAUGCAUUUCAUCCCAGGUUGGUUGCAAAAUGGGCUGCAAAUUCUGUGCAACUGGAACCAUGGGAUUCAAAAACCAUUUAACAUCUGGAGAAAUUUUGGAGCAGCUUGUCCAUGCUUCUCGGCUUUCUGACAUACGCAACGUUGUUUUCAUGGGAAUGGGAGAACCUUUAAAUAACUAUUCUGCUGUGGUAGACGCUGUCCGAGUUAUGACGAGACCGCCCUUUCAGCUGUCACCGAAAAGAAUUACCAUAUCAACUGUUGGAGUUGUUCACGCUAUCAGCAAGCUUCACAAUGAUCUACCAGGUAUAAAUUUAGCAGUCUCUCUCCAUGCACCAGUUCAAGAUAUCCGCUGUCAGAUAAUGCCUGCAGCUCGAGCUUUUCCUCUGGAAAAGCUUAUGGAUGCACUUCGAGCUUUUCAGAAGAACAGUCAGCAGAAGAUCUUCAUUGAGUACAUCAUGCUUGAUGGAGUUAAUGACGAAGAACAACAUGCUCGCCAGCUUGGAGAGUUGCUAAAGACAUUUGAAGUGGUGGUGAAUUUGAUACCAUUCAACCCCAUUGGAUCUUCGAGCCAAUUCCGGACCAGCAGCGAAGAAAAAGUCUCGAGUUUUCAGAGAAUCCUAAGGGAAACAUAUAACAUUAGAACUACGAUCCGGAAACAAAUGGGUCAGGACAUUAGUGGUGCUUGUGGCCAGCUUGUGGUGAACCAACCCGACAGCAAUAAGCCUCCAAGAAGUGUGGAACUCAUAACAGACAUCGAAGAUCUCCAUCUCUAAGACAGUCAAAUGACAGCAGAUCUGAAACUGACCAGAAGAUAAAUUUUCUUGAAAGCAUGGUCCUGUCGUUGAACCAUCGAACGUCCCGAGAGAUGGGAACACUUGUUACAGAACCUAAAAUGUGUAUCAGAGGGGAGAUACUGCACUUGUUUGUUUCUUGUAAUGCGUCCUACUCAGGGCUCAAGUCUCAGGGCAAUGAGGGUAUCUUUGCGUCUGACGAAUAAGUUAUUUUCUUACUAUUAUAUAUUUUAUUUUUCUAACACAAUAGAUCAUAAUGUGUGCUUGUUUUCUGGCUAUGCUUUACAUGAAUCAAAAUAUGUGAUGUCGAUCUA